UUCCGCUUGUUUGUUGUCCAAGAUCUUUCUUCGAUAUUGUACGAAUAUGUAUCGAUUUGUUUCUUUUUUUUCCGCAUUUUAUAAUUAAGGAUGCGUCCGAAGCGUACUUGCGUUAAUGAAACGAAUGAAAGAAUUCGAAUAUAUUCUGAAUGGGCCAAUUCGCAGCGUCAACGACAACCAUUGAAUGUGACUGUGGACAAUAGUCAACAAACUGAGCCGGCACAAGAGCAUGUGGAUGUACAAGACGAAGUUCAUCAAUCGAUCGAUAUUCAAUUUGAACAGUGUACACCAUGCACAGUUGGUUUGGAAGUCAUGUCACAGAACGAUUCUGGAACUCAGUAUUUCAAUCGAUACCGAGCCACAAAUACAACUGGAUCAAAAAGACGAAAAGUCAUUGAAUCGGAUGAUGAUGAUGAUGUUGUCGACGCACACAGUAAUGUCAUACACACACCUAGCUUAGUUUCGUCACAGUCUUCGACACAAUCGAAACGCGUACGAUUCGAUCAAAACAAUCGACAGCAGCAGCAACAACACUCAAAUUCGUUAAGCCGCCAUUCACCGAUCCACCAAAAUAUACAAAACGCCAGCACAUCGUCAACACAAAGUCAAAUCGAAAUGGAAUGUCAAAAUGUGUUUUCUUCCAUGACAAGAAUAAUAGCUUCGACCGCAGCACAUCGUCAAAUCGGUAAAAUAUUAAAAUCGCUUAAAAUUUAUGCCAUUUUUCCAUAUAAAAUCUCAAAAAAAACUAUUUAGCGAAGUAAUUUUUGAUGUGGCGAUCGUGAAAUCAUUGCUUGCCAAAUUAUCGAUCGAGAGAAAGACGAUACGGGCGCUGUGAAAGUGAAAAGCGUACGCAAUUUUAAAAUAUCCAUCAAGCAAUAUCAUUGGAUGACGAAAUUGCCACAAUUCAAGAAACAACGAGAUCGACUGGUUGGUACGCUUGAAGACGACAGAGCCGACGAUCGUGAGCGCAUCGAACGGGAAACUGAGAACCAUGUACAGCCGAGCAGCAGGACGAACGAUUUUGAAACGUACGCCGACUAUGUGUACGGCAGCGAAGCGUAUGUACUGACUAAUUUUUUGCAUUGGAUUGAAAUCCAUCCAACCAUUGGUGAAUUGGUGCGAAUGAUUGUGGCACAAGGGCAUGGUAAACAUACAUUUGUGUUUGUCGGCAAGGCGCCGUUCACCCAUGCAAAGGUUAUGUACGUACAAGUGUUCGUUUGCUAUUCAAAGCACUCGAACAACAUCCACAAUGUCCCGUGCGCUACGUGGAUGAAUAUCGAACAACAAAAUUAUGUAGCCGUUGCUUCAAUGUACUGGAAAAUGGUUCGAAGAACGGCCAAAAGACAAUGAUAACUCGAUUCAAAGUGUGUCGCCAGUGUAAACCAUCGCCAGAAGCACUGCCCGAUGGUGGUUCAUUCAUUUACAGCCACAAGAAUUCGAAACAAUUGAAGAAGCAGAAAAAAUAUCGACCACGGUAUUCGGACGAAGAUGGCCGCCAGCCAAAAGUCGAACUGAAACGCUUCAAUAUGAUCGAUGGAAUGCUUGUGCCAGCUGCUGAAAAUGCUGCGAUAUUAUCAGUGAAGAGGCCACGAACACAUUUGCGACGUCGGCGCAUAGAUGUCAUCACAUGGAAAUACAUACGAAACCGUGAUGAUAUUGUUGAUACGACAAAAGUCCGUUCGGUUACAUUAAAUCGAGACACUAAUGCCGGUACACCAAUAUUCAAUUUUCAUCGUACAUGUAUUUAGGUCAUUAUGAACUGUUGGGAAUAAAAUUGCCAGAUGCAUUCACAGUCGAUGCCGAGACACAAAACCAACAUACAGAGCGACGCUUCAAAGAAUUUGAUGAAAAUAAGCAUAAAAAGCAACAAAAGUAUCAAACAUCAAAAAAUUCCAAUGAAGCUGAAUACGAUUCGGAUCAGUCAUGGUGGUCGAUUUGAGCAACAGUGAAUUGUCUGACAACAGUGAUGAUAGUAAUGAUAGCGGUAGUGGUAGCGACGACGAUGGCGAAAACUGAGAAUAGCAUCGUUCACACACUACACUCGCUCAUUCAACAAAUCAACAAUCAAUCAAUCAACAAAUAAAUGAAAAAUUAAUUUAGUUUAAUUUAAGGAACGAUGUUAAUAGUUCUUAUCAUGAAGUCUGGCUAUUCAGCGUGGACUUUCGUAUUAUCUACCUGAUGGCUCUCGUCGAUGAAUAGAUCUUAAGUAACACAAAUAACCAGCAGCAGUCAAACUAAAAAAUAUAUUUGAGUGAAUAAAUCUUAAUAUACUGGUCAAGCCAAACGUAGUAUCAAUAAAACUUCUCAUGUUGUCACCGAAGGGUAUGUCACAUUCUGUGAAUUUCCUUUACAGUACUUACGUUGUUAUUGCAAAAUCAAAUAGUUGAAGACAGAAGAAGGGCAGUAAAUGAGAUGGCUUAUAUUUAAUAGAACCGUAAAUUAACAUCAAUGAAAUAGCGAUCAUACAAAUGCAGCCCAAAUCAACUUUCUCUGAAAAAAGAAGAGAUGUGGAAUCAUUACAUUACAAGAUUACAUACGAUAAUUAAGCGAAUAAUCGCGAUAAAGUAAUGGAGUUGGAAGCGUCUCCAAUCGAACGUCAUAAUCAUCAUGACCAUUUUCAAAUUCCUUCAUCAUAUAUGGAUUUCGGAUUAUUGCAGCUAAUAUUCCUAAUGUCAACACGUUUAAAAACUGUAAAUAA